GAAAAUUUUUUCUUAUAUAUGAUGAUGACAAAGUUGUAUUCAAAGUGUUGAAUUUGUUUUUAUUUUAAUCACUAAUAUUAUCGUUUGUGGAUGGCAUAAAAAUUUUCAAUACAAAUCAUAUUUUGUUCCAAAAAUUUCAUUAAAAAAAAAUUAUGGGAUUAUCAUCGGCAGCUCGUGGUCAUAUGCGUCCAUUUGGUGGCCGUAGUCCACCAUUUCUUGUUGCAACAUUAUGUGUUGGUAUUUGUGUAUUGGGUAUCAGUUAUUGGCGACUUGGUAUUCAAUAUAAUGAUCUUGAAGAUCAGCUACGACGAUUGAUACAGAAAAAAGAUUCAUUAGAAGCAAAUGAAUCAUUCAUCAGUAAACAAUUAGAAUUACGUGAAGAAAAUUUCAGUGAAGCUAAAGUAAAUCUGCAGAAAAAAGAAAAAGAAUUAUUAGAUCUACAGAAACGUUUUGAUGAACAAUCAGAAAUGUUGAUAACGAUGAAAAAAACCAAUAAUGAUUUUGAACAUACUGUGAAUGAUUUACAUAACAAAAUGAAAACAAAAGAAACCAUUAUCAGUGGAUUACGUGAAAAAAAUCAAAUUUUGAUUGAUGAAAAUAAAAAAUUAAAAUCUGAUUAUAUGGAUGUAAAAUCACGUUUAGAUUCACAAUCAUCUAAACAACAUAUUCAAUCAUCAUCAUCAUCUAUUAAAAAUGCUGAUGAAUCAAUUUUAAAAGCUCAACAACAACAACAACAACAACUGGAACGAUCUCAAUUAACAAAUGUGAUACAUUCACCACCAUCAUCAUUGAAUAAUGAUAAUAAUAACAAUCCGAUUCCAUUACCACCGAAAUUAUCAUCAUUGCCAUCAUCUUCAAUGGCACCUGGUAUUGUUGUUGAAGCACAAUCACAAGCUGUUGCUGCUAUUCCAGAAACGAUACAUAAACAGCAACAACCACCACCAGAACAACAACAAAAUUCUGAUCAAAUACAUCAUCAUUCAAAUGAACAAAUUCAAAAGCCAAAAAUUGAUCCAGUUAUAAAAUUGAUUAAAAAUAAUGUUGGUUCAUUGGAUGAUAACAAUGAUCAUCAAAGACAACCAAAAUCGUUUAAUCAAAUUUUAGAUUUUUGA